ACCCGUAAUGUUUUCGCUCUCGUCCAUCACCUCCCUCCUCCGGCCUUCCCUCCUCCCUUUCCGCUCCCCCAUAACUCUCCUCACUCGCUCACGCGGCCAACUAGCACCGCGAAAAGUCAAAUACCUCAAACGACACAAGGGUCGCGUGCCUAUCCCCAUCGGCGGCUCCACCCGGGGAACGACACUAGCUUUUGGCGAUUGGGGCAUUAGGAUACGUGGAAAUGGCAUGCGGUUGAGUGCGAAGCAGUUAACGACGGCGGAGGAUGUGAUAAAGAGAAAGCUGAAGGCGUGGAAGGGCGCCAAAGUGUGGAUGAGGUGUUUUCCGGAUAUCCCAGUUUGUAUAAAGGGUAACGAAACACGUAUGGGUAAAGGAAAGGGUACCUUCGAGUAUUGGGCGACUCGACUGCCUACGGGGCGCGUCAUCUUUGAAAUCGGUGGUGUACCUAUCCGAGAGGAACUUGCGCGUCAAAUUCUCAAGCAAGCCUCGUCGAAACUGCCCUGCAAGAUGGAAUUCAUCAGUCGCAAGACAUUGCCCCGUCUUGGUCGCCUCCUUAUUGAGCCGCCGAAACCUCCAACAAUGCCAGGGAACAUUGUAGCCGCGGCUGAAGUAGCAAAAGCGUCUAACGAGAUGCGAACAACAGCAUAGAUACAAUCGAAUAAUUUGCUAGCUUGAAAUGAGAUGAGUCUUGCU